AUGGAAUUCGCGGGUAAAGUUGCCUUGAUAACAGGUGCUAGUUCGGGUAUUGGAGCUGCUACCGCUGAAACAUUUGCAAAGUAUGGAGCAAAUGUGGUUAUAGUGGGACGUAAUGUGGAAAAACUCAAGGAAACUGAGAAGAAAUGCAAGGAGAUAAACUCCAACAUCAAGUGUUUAACUGUGUUGGCUGAUGUCACCACAGAUUCAGAAAAAAUCUUAAAUGCUUGUAUAGGAAAAUUCCAACGAUUGGAUGUGUUGGUCAAUAAUGCUGGCAUUUUGGCAUUGGGCAGCCUUAUGGACAUUGAUUUGGAACAAUUCGAUAAUGUGCUCAACACUAAUUUGCGUGCGGUAUUUUCAUUGUCCAAAUUAUCUAUACCUUAUCUCAUUAAUACUCAAGGCAGCAUUGUAAAUGUGUCCAGUGUUGCAGGGCUGCGCUCAUUUUCUGGAGCCUUAAGUUAUGGUGUGUCUAAGGCGGCAUUGGAUCAAUUUACCAAGUGUUUAUCUUUGGAGUUGGCCCCCAAAAAUAUUCGUGUCAACUCAGUCAAUCCUGGAGUGGUGAUAACGGAUAUCCACAAACGUGGUGGUGGCAUGUCGGAGAAACAGUAUGCCGAAUAUUUGGAACGCUGUAAAGACACUCAUGCAAUGGGUAGAGUGGGUGAUGUGUUCGAAGUAGCCGAAACGAUUGCUUUCCUUGCGAGUAGUCGGGCUAGUUUCAUAACUGGUGCACUACUUCCAGUCGAUGGUGGUAAACAUGCCAUGUGUCCACGAUAGACAAAGUUCUAAUUUGCUUUAGAAAAAUUCUGUCGAGUUAAAAUUUUAUAUUACAAAAAUUAUCGGCUUUAUUUUUUAUUUAAAAUUAUAUUUCUCGAAAAUGUUCUUAGAAAAAUAAAUUAUAA